GUGUUAAAACUGUUUUCGGUUAAAAUGGAAGGAUGCAUGAUAGCGCGACUUUGUCUUGUGACCUUGAUUGUCACUAUACACUGUGGUCCUGUUAGUUCGAACAGUUAUUUAUUUGGGCGGGAAUUGUUCGGGACGAAGACCCCUUACCUGUGGUCGAGACAGAGCUCGGACGUAACUGACCUUACGUCCGUGCAAUAUAAUGGACAGCAAUGUCGGGCUGUGUACGUGGACGGACUGUACCGACAUGGUGCGCGCUAUCCGAGCCUCAAAUGGGUCAACCGGAUGAACGAACUGCACACACUGUUAAGUGGCGGGAACGGCAUUGACCAGUCCGUGGGGGACUGGGGGAACGCCUUCAAAGCCGACAAGGCGGCCCAGCUGUCAGCUCUCGGCCAGCAGGAAAUGGUGGUUCUCGGGGAGAGGCUCGGGUCUCGAUUCCAAAGUCUCCUCAGUAGCGAAAAGGACAGAAUGCACUUCUACUCAUCGGCGAAAGACAGAGCCAAAGACAGUGCAACCUAUUUUCAGAAAGGGUUAGGAAAUACAAUCGGCACCAACCUCUCCAUACCGACCACUAUUGACAACCUCAUGCUCCGUUUCUACGAAUCCUGUAAAUUGUACAACAAAAUCAUGGAUAACGAAAAGACAUUCGAGGAAUACGAUAAAUUUCUGACCGGACCCGAAAUGACCAACGUGGUGACCAACGUCAACAACGCUGUGCUAAGCGGUCACUUCAACUUGACUGUCGAUCAGGUGAGGAUAAUACAACAGAUAUGUGCGUGCGAGCUCGCCUUCUUCAACACAUCGGACUGGUGUAGCUACCUCAGCCUGUCUGGAUUGGAGCUUAUGGAUUACGGUGGGGACAUAAAGAGUAACAUAGAAGGCGGCUACCGACACGAUAUCACAGCCCAGAUGUCGUGUCCACUCCUCAAACACGUACUUCAACAGAUGGACAAAGUGGUGACUGCCCAGUCCGACAGACCUGUAGCCUCGUUCCGGUUCGGUCACUCGGAGACUGUGUCCCCCGUGUUUACCGCCCUUGGACUGUUUAACGAGUCGACAACGUUCCUUGCCACAGACUUUAAAGCCAACGCCAACCGCCAGUACCGAACAAGUGUUAUACUGCCGUUCUCCGCUAACCUGGUCACCACCAUGUACAAGUGUGGCACGGAGUACAUGGUCAAGAUGAUGGUCAACGAGGAAGAGGUGGACAUCCCGGCGUGCGGUGCUACCAUAUGUCCCUACACCAUGGUAAAGGAACACUAUGGACAGUUUGAGAACUGUGAAUUUGAAAACAUCUGUGAAAAUGAGGGAACCAAUACUGGAACAAUAUCUAGGAUUUCAGGAUCUGUAAUGAUCGCCAUUGUUCUCCUAUUGUUUCUUCAUUAGUGGUCCCCAUUGUUGUAUAUUACUUUCUAUAGCGGUCCUCGUUGUUCUCUUAUAAAGCUUUCUGUAAUGGU